AAUGAUCAGAAUUGUUCCUGUAACACUUAUCUGCAGUUUCUGUUUCCCCAAAAACAAGAGGAGCAAAGAGGAAGCAUUUUCUUAAGAGUCCUGCUUCCAGACACCACAUGCAAAAAUCCCCCUUUAUCCCUCCUUUCAGUUCUCUUCUACAAGUAUGUUGCUGAUGUUUGUCUGUCUCACAGCUACUUCGAUCCCUUGUUUUUCCUCCUUUUCACUUAAAGAAGCUGUCACUUUGGUGGCUGUUCUCAUGUAAGGUAGAAGGGUAACACAGCUCUGUUGGUUCUGAUUCUAGCCUCAUGUAUGGUUUUGGGUAAGCUUUUGGAAGCAUGUCUGCUGUUGCAGUUAUUGAUAACAAGUAACUCCUUAGGACUUAAUUUUGUACACAUAAAACAGCGUGAGGUAGGUUAGUUGCUUCAGCAAAGAAUGUUUGUUGGCCCUAGAUCAAACGCACUUGAUCACAGCUGCGGUUCUAGUCCAAACAGUAUGAAAAGACAUGAUGUCCUCAAGAACAGUUAGAUAAUCCAAGGACAAGAGAGAGUGGCCAAGGAACACCACUUCUCAAAAGCUGUAUUUCAGCAACAUUUUGCCAGUGAGCCUUGAGCCUGGGGUGACAUGGUUUCCACAUUGCUUUUAAAGUGACGUGUGUAUUCUGCGUGUUUUACUUUAUAUUGCAAAAGCUCAGGUGUGUAUAGAAUUUUUAGAAGUCAGAUGAAAAAAGGCUGCAGCUCUACUGGGCUACAACUGUAUAAGAGUAGGACAGCUUUUCAGUAAUACCAGAUUCUACCCUACAGAGAAAAUAGCAUUUGCCUAAAGAUGCUCUGAGUUGCAUCUAAGUAUUAGAACCAGAAACUUAUGAUUAAAUACUUCAGUAGUUCUUCCUAGGGAUCCGCUAUUUUUGCCACAUGCUUUCCCUUUACCUCAGCCUUACGUACCCUGUGUAAUCUCUUACCCAAAUUGUCUGCUAUGGCAAACACGGGCAGGGGAGGCAGUAUGGGGCAAUGGAUUACGGAGUGCUGUGUCAGCUCAGUGGUGCUGACAACAGUUUCAUCUACUGUAAUCAGACAGAUCUGGAAAAAAUGAGAAGUAGAUAUCUGAAGUGCUGCAAAGUGUUUUAACCUUUUAGCCAAACCACAGUCAGCAACAGUCCGACUGUGGGCACUAUCACGAGCAGCAGCAAUUGCUGUGCUGCUAAAGACUGCCGGACUAACCACAGGAAAGGCAAUCCGGAUUAGACUAAAAGGGCAUUUGUGGCUGAAAAUGGCACACUAAGAAGUAAAACCAGAAGUUUGUGAGGAAGAUAACUUUUCUUGAAUGCCCAAAGGGUCAUCAGGAUUGUUGUUCCUCAUCUUCAGCCACAAUGUUGUCUUGUUUCUGCAUGAACUGGAUUCUUCUGAUCUUCUUUACAGGCCCUACAGUGUCAGAAUUGGUUGUGAAAGGAGAGGUGGGUCAGAAUGUCACUGUGCCCUGCUUUUACAGUGUUAAGGGUACAUACGACAUCACAUCAAUGUGCUGGGGUCGUGGCAGCUGCCCUUCUUCAAAAUGUUAUCAGCCCAUUAUCUGGACAGAUGGAUGGAAGGUGACAGCACAGUAUGACAGCAGGUACAUGUUGAAAGGGAACCUGCUGAUGGGCGAUGUGUCCCUCACGAUCAUGAAUGCCAAGAAAGCAGACAGUGGGACAUACUGCUGCCGUGUGGAGAUCCCAGGGUGGUUCAAUGAUCAGACAAGUAAUCAUGAGGUGGUGAUAGAGAAAGCUAGGAUCUCUACUGCAAGUCCUCAUACUUACACCUCUCAACAGACCUCAGCUCCUGGGAGUGCCAGCGAAUCCUCCUUUACCAUCACAAGAACGUGGCCAUCAGAUUCUGCUUCGGAAGCUCCUCAGACUGCCUCUAGUCCCUGCUCAAGCACCUCGGACUGCUUGGAUGUAACCGCAAACCUUCAGAAUGUGUCUGUAUCACUUCCCAGUCAGCAGCAUUCACAAAAUGAGCUAUACAUUGGGAUUGGUUUAUCUGUGGUACUUCUAGCCAUCCUGAUUUUGGCUCUGUUCCUCACUAGACAGUAUUUAUUCAGCACAAAGAAGACGGGUGACUUUUCAAACUUUGUUGCAUUUUGGAGGCCAGAAGGUGCAGGGAACCACAGUGCACUGGAAGAUGAUGUCCAUGCAGAGGAAAACGUUUAUAUAGUGCACUAAGGACUGUAUGCAUGCUUGCCUUGGUCGGCGCUGGGACAUCAAAUGGCUUGCACAGUGUUAGCUGCUCCCUCUACUCAGCAGCUAAAUGUGACUGGACUAUUGAAGCAUUAUUCACAUCAUUCUGAUAAAACAAAUAAAAGCUACACUUCUAAUUAAAA